GUAAUUGUUACAAAUUUUAUUUUUAUUAAGAAUACAAAUACCUACAAAAUAUAUUGUGAAUGUUUCUGGCGACAAAAAAACAAUAGAAUGGCAACCAUUACUGAUGGAAGGGUAUAACAAUUUAAAUCAAAUGUGCAGUCUGAUUAUCAUACGAAUAUGUCUAAUGCAAACAGUAUUUCGGGUUCAUCAGAUUAUUGGUGUGAUUUGACAUUUGACGAAGAGGCUCUACAAAGUGCAUUAGACGCACCAUUGCAUUCACCAAAUAAAUCACAAUUACACACAGGAGAACAGUAUCAAGGUUUCGAUAGCAAUGUUGGUGAGAUGAUAUUGUAUCCUAGUAAUUUACCAGAACGUUCCUACCAGUUAAGCAUAAUAAAAGCAUCACUAUUCAAUAACACACUCGUUGUGUUGCCGACUGGACUUGGUAAAACGUUCAUUGCUGCAGUUGUAAUGUACAAUAUCUACCGAUGGUAUCCGACUAGUAAAAUCAUAUUUAUGGCACCAACUCGUCCUUUAGUGGCACAGCAAAUUGAGGCAUGCCAACGUGUAAUGCCGUUUCCUGAUGAAGAUACCAUUGAGCUGACUGGUAGGUUGCAUCGUAACAGUCGAAAAGAAAUUUGGAAGACAAAACGUGUAUUCUUUGCAACACCUCAGGUGGUGCUGUCCGAUAUUAUAGGGGAUGACGAUUCAAAUUUUCCUUUUAGACAUGUAAAACUGAUUGUCGUGGACGAAGCUCAUCGAGCAAAGGGGAGAUAUGCCUAUACGGAAGUAGUUCAAGCCAUAAAGAAUCGAAAUGAUUUCUUUAGAGUUGUGGCACUAUCAGCAACUCCUGGUCGUACAAUGGAAGAUAUUGCUGAAGUGGUACAAAAUCUAUUUAUAUCUCACAUUGAAGUACGUUGUGACUCGUCAGAAGACGUUUUGCCUUAUGUGCAUAAAAGGCAUAUGAAAACUGUUGUGGUACAGCUUGGAAAUAAUUUAAAGGAAUUAUAUGAUGAGAUCUUAACAAUUAUAGAUCCAUAUCUAAGGAAAUUAAUUUGUGCGAAUGUUUUAGGAGGAUCGUUAAAAAAUAUUUCACGUAAUUUUCUUUUGUUCGAACAGAAACGUUUUCGGGAAAAUAGUCAAAAUCAGCAACAUCCAGAGAGACAAUUAAUUUCAAGUAGUUUUUCAUUCUGUAUUAGUAUGCACCAUGCUCUAGAACUAUUGGAGCGCCAUGGCAUUCGGGUAUUUCUUAAUUAUUUCGAGGAGAACGAAGAUGGGCGGUGUAAGUACGUUAUAAAUAUGGAACCUAAAGUUCGCCAAUUAUUAGAUCGAUUACGUGAUCAAUUUGGUCCAGAUUCUUUUGAAGUUUCAAAACGUUCGAUGGUCAAUGGCGAAAACUCUAAAAUACCAGACAAGUUUGACUUUGGACACCCAAAGUUCGAGCAAGCAAGAACAUGUUUACUUCAGCAUUUUCAAACUAACCCAAACACGCGUGCAAUAGUUUUCUGUGAAUAUCGAGAAUCAGUUAUGCUGAUAUAUCGAUUAUUGUUACAGCAUGAGCCAUUACUCAAGCCACGUUAUUUUGUAGGUCAGGGUAGCACCACCGGUUCUUUGUGUUCACUAACACAAAAACAACAGAUUCAAAUUAUGGAUGACUUUCGAUGUGGUAAAUGUAAUAUCCUCAUAGCCACUUCUAUCGGAGAAGAAGGUAUAGAUGUUGGCGAAGUAGAGCUUAUUGUAUGCUUCGACAUCAAUACUUCGAAUCCACAACGUUUCAUUCAAAGAAUUGGACGAACUGGAAGGAAAAAACAAGGUCAUGUUGUGGUAUUGGUUACCGAAGGCCGGGAACAACAAAUUUUUAAAGAUGUUUUAGCGCAGAAGGACUUGAUUAAUGCAAGAAUGCUCCAUUCAAUAACUGUAAAAAAAUCUUUAUAUAAGAACUCGCCACGAUUGGUCCCUAUUGAUAUAGAUCCUAAAGUGUUUCAGAUUUUUAUAAAACCACGUAAAUUGAAAGAAACGAACAAAUCUGUAAAUUCAAAGAAUGGAACAAAAAAAAUGUUGGGCAAUCAAGAUUUGAGAACUUUUUUCAAAGGAAAAGUAAGACCAAAUAUUAACACAUUAUUUACGGAUCCGUCACAGCAUGGCUUAGAGACGCAACAAAAUCUUGAAAAAUGUUUGCGAAAAAUUGAUGAUUAUUUCAGUGCUUUUGAAGAUCCCGUAUCAUCUAAUACACAGCUAUUAAGUGAAACUACAUGUUCCAAAACAGGUGCUCAUAAAUUAAAUCCCGGUCAAGAAAUAUCACUAUAUAAUUCUCAACGUUUUCGCAGUCUAAAACGAGUCCUCGAAAAAAAUUCACCUUUAAUAUCCCCUAAAGAACUUAUUACUAAUCCGAUAGAACAAUUGAAAUCAUCAAAGAUAUCUAAUGAUGGAAAACGUUUUAUUUUAAGAACGCAACCAUAUAUUGUUAAGGAUGUAUUGGAGAAGAUGAAGUUAUUGGAUAUAUUACCUUUGAAUCCCGAUGAAAUGUCGGACGAAGAAAAAGAUAUUCGACAUUUGUGCGACAUUAUUACAAAACUGUUGGGUGACAAUCUCUCAAGUGUGGAAAUGUUCAUUGAUGAUGCUAAUAUUGAAAGUUUAGGUAGAAAACGAAGUUAUAGACCUCCCUCUGAUUAUGACCUAAAUGACAGUGAAUACACACAGGUUUGCAAUGCAAUAUUUAAUGGGUUGGAAGAACCAGGACUUUUAUACGAUAAUUUUGAUUACAUACAAGAAGAAUUAAAGAAAACAAAGUUUUAUGAAGAGUCAUAUUCCAAACCUGAAAUUGAUGAUUAUCAACCUGUAUCAUAUUCACAAUUGAGAAAAGAUACCAAUUCAAUGGUAUACGAAACUGUCAUUUUCGAUGAAGAAGCUGAAAUCAGCAGAUUUGGUGAAUCUAGCAUAAAUGUUGAAUCCACAUGUCAAGAUAAUUGCCUAUGGAAUGAAUUUACAAUAAAUGCAGGUAACAAGUCUACUCCAGUACAAACACCUUUAGUAAAAGCUUUUCAGCGUCAGAUUUUAAAUUCUGGGAAACAAAGUUACACAAUGGUGAAGUCAUUGCAAUUGGCGGACGAAAAUUUGACUGCAUACAAUAGCGAAAAUAAAUCAUCUGACAUUAUAAUUUUAUCUGACACUUCAACGGAAGAAUAUCAGCUAGAACAACAAACUUUGAUCAAUGACAGAUCAAAAAAGACAGAGCCCAAUUGUACACUUCCAAAUUUAAACAAAUGUUCAAAUGAAUGUAAAAGUAUCACCUUUACUAAUGAAUUUCCUAAACGGGUGUCUUCUUUAUCAAAGUCAACCCUAAAUGAUUUACAUGUAAAUAUAAAUGAUUUUUUGAAACCAUUUCCUGAGGAAAUUUUAUAUGAGGAAUUUGUUGAUAACACCCCUACUUUGAACUCCAAAAUUGACGAUAAUAAAGUUUUGACUGAUCGACCUUUGUAUUCCUCCUCUAAUAACGAUUUAAGUCAAAAAGAAAAUGUAUACACUUCUAACUUAAAUCGCAAUUCAGAAAUACUGAGUUCUUAUACACCCAAAACGUCACCAAAAAGGCUACCUAUUGAAGCAAAACAAUAUGAAAAGCAACUAACCCCGUUCGCUCCUCUCCAAAAAGAAGCGAUUGAUUUUUUAAAUACUUCAACUAAUGCGAAUCCUAAUUUAGAAAUGCUGAGUCCUAAUAGACCCAUAACACCACCAGAAAGGUUAUCAACUCAUCCAGAGCAAUAUGAAAAAUCACCAACCCUUUACGAAUUGUUCUUACAAAAUGUUAAAAGGCGAAAAGGUAACUUGCCGGAACAUAUACAACAUAGCGUAGCCUUCGCAGAAAAACAGGUUCGCAAAGCGUUAUGUUUAUCAACAACCGAUGAUGAGCCGUUUUUACCAACAAAUAUAAGCGACAAUGAAAAUUCAACGAUGUCAUCAUUUAAAACAUCCAAAUGUAAAGAUAUUUCGUCGAGUGAUUCAGGCGAACGAAUUGAGAAAACAGUUGGGUCGGAAACAGAUUGUGAAGAGCUUAUCGAAACACAAAUCCCCGCACCAUAUACGAAAUCCAUUUCAAAUGAACACAGCGAUUCUACUGUUAUUAAUACAAAGACAGGAGAAGGGUAUGAAACGGAGUGCGAAGAAAUCACUGAAACGCAGGAGGCAGUUAAUUCUUUCUGCCGACAAAGACAAAAGCGUAACCGUCUGAAUAAUUUUAUUGAUUAUGAGGCUACAGUUAGUGGCGAUGAAAGUGAAGAUGAAUAUAAUGAAAUGCCCUGUAGUCAGUAUGUGAAGGACUCUAUGAUUGUAUCGAGUGAUGAGUUGGAGACAUUAGACGAAAAUGCACCCACAUCUUCUCAGAUGCAAGCACACUACUUGCAAUCCAUUAAAAGUCCCAAACCAAUAGCCCGUGGUGCUUUCAAAAUUCCGGCCUUCCGGGAGUAUAAUGAUCACAGCCAAAUUUACUCACAAAUGGUAUCUAUAGAACCUUCCCAGUAUAUCUGCGACUCUUUUGUAGUUGAUGAAGAGGAUGACAAAGAAUAUAUCAAAUCGAAAAAUGAAACUUUGAGCCCGCUGGAACGGGCCGAACGUAUUUUAAAAAAACAACAACGUGUUCGAAAAAAAUUCAAAAAUGUUGCCCAGAUUAAGAAACGAAAGCGUAUUCGUCAGAUUUCGGACAGUUCUGAUGACGAUUAUAUUCCUCUGAACUAAUAUAACAAAUAUGUCUACUCUAAUUUCAAAACAUGCAUCUUGUUAGUAAUAUGAGUAUUAUAAAACAUAUACAUACAUAUGGGCAUUUCCGCCAGAAGGUCCACCACAGACAAAAUAUUAAACAUUAUUAUUUCCAUAAGAAAAUAUUUAAAUUUAUUUAUAUUAAAUUAAUUCAUAACCAAUUACGUGAUAUACGAAAGCCAAGUCGCAUAGGAGCUACUUUUCUCAUUUCGAUUUUUCUACUGCAUUUGUGUUUUCGUCAAAAUCGUUAAAGAAACUAUCAUGUAUUAAUUUUCGGUUUGUAUAAAACCUUUAUAAGGGUACAAAGAGCAAAAUAAAAUGCAUAAGAGAGUUAUCGAUUGCAAAUAACUGUUGUUGUCUGUUUUUGUACUAUCUUUAUCUUAUAUUUCAAUGUCCCGUGCGACAUCAAAAAAUAACACUUGUUCCCACUGCAUCGGAAAUACAGUGGAACUUCCAUAACUCGAAGAUCUCCAUAACUUGAACUCUUGAAUUGGCAAUAGAAGUCAAAUUUCAUACAAAUUUUCUUCCAUAAAUUGAACUUUUUGGUCAGAGCAUAAUACAAAAUUUAAAAUUUUACUAUCGAAACAGAAUUUUAAAAGAGUCCCUUUAUAUUGUACGGAUGCGAACAAGAAAUAUGAUAUUACACUUAUGGAUUGCAUAAAUCAUCUAACAAAGGCAUGGAAUAUAGGUGACAAGAGCCAAAUAGUAAACUGUAACAAACGAAAUUACAUAAAACAUAUUUUAACGUAUGUACAUAAAAAUUUUGCGAAGUAAAUAAAUAAAACUGUGUAUAAAACUAUA